GGCAAUACCCCUCCACACCAGCUGCCCUUCCUGAUUUGUGCGACCCCAAAAUCUCAACCACGAGCGAUUGCGUUGCUAUUGACUCGGCUCUUUUCGGUCCUCGCCUCCUCAUCCUCAAGGCCACCUGUCCCUUGGCUCUCGAACCCAAUCGACCGACACCAUGUCCAAGCGUGCAGGAGAACACGACGACGGCCCCUUGAAGGGCGGCCACCGCCCAGACGCCAUGGACAUCGACGACAAGGCCGACGAGGGCAUGGGCGAGUUCGAGGACGAGUUCGAGGAUGAGUUCGAGAGCGAGGACGAGAUCCUCGAGGCCGGUGUUGAUGGCAGGCCAGAUGCUGAGAGGGAGGCCGAGGAGAAAGCAGCCGCAGGAGAAAUGGACGUCGACAGCGCCGCCACAGGUCCCGGCACAUUCAUCGUCGGCCGCACAAAACUCGAGCCAGGCCAGACCCUGGCCCCCGACCCGACCACCUACCACAUGCUCCACAACCUUUCUACCCCGUGGCCCUGCCUCUCCUUUGACAUUGUCCGCGACUCCCUCGGCGACAACCGCAAGGUCUAUCCCGCCACCAUGUACACUGUCUCGGGCACCCAGGCCGAGGGCCAGCGCGCCAACGAGAACGCCCUGAUGGUCAUGAAGUUUGCUGGCCUGAGCAGGAUGGACAAGGACGCCGACGACAGCGAUGACGACGACGACGACGACGACGACGAGGACGCCGACCCUAUCCUCGAGUCCAAGAGCAUCCCGCUGUCUUCCACCACAAACCGCAUACGCGCCCACCAGACUCCCAACUCAGACCCUUCGAGACCCCCCACCACCCUCGUCGCCACCAUGACCGAGUCCUCCGACGUCUACAUCCACGACAUCACACCCCAUCUUGCCAGCUUCGAUACGCCUGGCGUCAUAGUGUCUGAGAAGCAGAACAAGCCCCUGUCUACCAUCCGUGCCCACAAGUCAGAAGGCUAUGCUGUCGACUGGUCGCCCUUGUCGCCCGCGGGGAAGCUUGCCACCGGUGACAACAACGGCGUCAUCUACGUCACCACCCGCACCGACGGCGGCGGCUGGGUCACAGACACGAGGCCUUUCACCGGCCAUACCGGCAGUGUCGAGGAGAUCCAAUGGAGUCCCACCGAGGACAAGGUCUUUGCCUCGGCCUCCUCUGACGGCUCCAUCCGUAUCUGGGACGUGAGGAGCAAGAGCCGCCAGGCCAUGAUCACCAUGCCCGUCAGCAGGACCGACGUGAAUGUCAUGAGCUGGAGCAAACAGAGGUCCAACCUGCUGGCCUCGGGCGACGAUGAUGGUGUCUGGGGCGUCUGGGACCUGCGCCAGUGGAAGCCCAACGCCACCGAGAAGCCCACGCCCGUCGCAAGCUUUGACUACCACAAGGAACAGAUCACAAGUGUGGAAUGGCACCCCACCGACGACAGCAUCGUCGCCGUUGCCGCGGGCGACAACACGGUCACCCUGUGGGACCUCGCCGUCGAGCUGGACGACGAGGAGAGCAAGGACACCGCAGGCGUCAACGACGUGCCGCCCCAGCUGCUGUUUGUGCACUACCACGAGCAGGCCAAGGAGCUGCACUGGCACCCCCAGAUCCCCGGCACCCUGGUUGCCACGGGCCAGGAGUUCAGCGUCUUCAAGACGAUUAGUGUCUAAGCUCCCGCGUCACAAGAGAUAUUCGACAGUUCAUCCGUCCCAGAUACUGGACGAAACACAAUAAUGAUACCAUUCGAUUCAGUACAUGUCGCUCGAGCUUUGAAGGGUCCAUCGUGAACAACUUUGGAUCAAUCCGGGUCAAUUGGGAGCUCUCAGAUUAUCUCCUAUCCGGCCAUUUGAUUGUCAUCCUCUGGCCGUAUCAGCCCGGCUGCCUCCCCCCCCCCCAAACAUAUAUAUAUACCAUGUCAACCUGACCCGUGCGGUUGCCAAUUUAUAUACACAGAGACAGUGCAUGCUCAGCAGGUGUUGAGCAUGCUCGUCAGAGCCGUCUUCUCCGCACUGCUAACGGUCAAUUUGUAGUAGGACUUGACCUGGACCCAACUCCUCGCGUAGACACAAUAAAAGCUCGCCAGUGGCGGCUUCCAGUUGGCAGGGUUCUUGUCCCCCUUGGACUGGUUCACGUUGUCCGUCACGGCCCAGAGCUGCGGGCGAGUUACGUCGUUGGCGAAAGCCUCGCGCUGCGCGGUGGUCCAGGCAUUGGCCCCAGACUGCGUCCCUGUCAGUUGCAGUCCCCCACUUUGCUUCGAGCACGGUCGACAAGCGGAACAGGUGACUCACGAUCCAAGCGUUCUUCAAUGGGACCAUGUGGUCAAUAUCCACAUCGCUGGCUGCCGUCCAGGUCGCACCAUCGUAUGGGCUGAACCACGACCCAGAUGUCGCUGUGCAGGCUGAGCUGACGACGACAUUGGUGCCGUCACGCUUCAGGACGUACUCGCUGGGGUGAGAGAACGGUUAACCUCAGGCCCGACAGUAUCUUUUUUUCCCCCUCGUGUGAUCGACUGGCGGAGAUAUGUACGACGGGGACAUACCGAGUGUUGCAUGUGCCCUCGAUCGUGUCCCACGUGGGGAACAGAUCCCUAUUGUAGGCACCAUCAUCAACCUGCGUGGAGACCGUGAGGGCUGCCAGCUGGGUCUUGGCCGCGGAUGCCGACGGGAUGCCUGGCGGUGUUGGCAUGGGCGCCGGCGCCGCCGAGACAAUGGCCACAAGGCCAGCAAGAGCGGCGAGGAGGGAAGUCGGGGCCUUCAUGAUGAAGUUGGUGAUCGGCUCAGCAGUUGUCGAGGACCCAGAAGCUGCUACUGUUCGUGGAUAUCUGGAUCAUCCCCCACUUGGAGGGACGCGCGCACACAGACAUAUUUAUAUUCGUACACACGAA